AUUGUCUAUGAGCACUGCCUAGGGCAUUGUAUACCCCAUGCUUCCCAAAAUGCAUCACAUCUUGCACAGGUUCAAUGGUGCCAGUCUCAAAGGAUUGGAGAGGCAAUACCCAAGGAUCUUGGGCAUGGAAGCGAUGGCCCCCAUCGGGGAGCAGGAGCUGUUCAACAUGAACGGGUUGGUUCCCGUCAACGGGCUUGGCCUGCUCCACAUGAACGGCGGUCAGCUGCCGCUCCUCAAGCAGUCUGAGCAGCUGAAGCAGGGCAACGGUGGAGGAUCCGCGCCCGCUCCGCCCCCGCCCGCCGCUCAGCAGGAGCAAUCUCCCGCCGGCGGUUCCCAGCCUCCCGCCGCCUCCUCUUCCGGCAGGUCUACCCCUAACUCGAGCGACCCCUCCGCCGCAAAGCUCUUCGUCGGCGGUCUCAGCUGGCAGACCAGCAGUGAGAAACUGAGGCAGUACUUCGGCAUGUUCGGCACAGUCACUGAUGUCCUCAUCAUGAAAGAUCCCAUCACUCAAAGAAGCAGAGGAUUUGGAUUCAUCACAUUCGCUGAAGCAGACACGGUUGAGAAAGUCCUCAAGGUUCCGAUUCACACUCUCGAUGGAAAGAAAAUUGAUCCUAAACAUGCAACACCGAAAAAUAGACCAAAAGCCACCAACAAGACUAAAAAAAUAUUUGUUGGCGGUGUAAGUCAAGACACAUCAUCAGAUGAAGUAAAAGCUUACUUCUCUCAGUUUGGUAAAGUGGAAGAGACUGUAAUGUUGAUGGAUCAACAAACAAAGAGGCACAGGGGAUUUGGAUUUGUGACAUUUGAGAGUGAGGAUGUUGUUGAUAGGAUUUGUGAAAUUCAUUUUCAUCUAAUUAAGAAUAAGAAGGUAGAAUGUAAGAAGGCACAGCCAAAAGAGGCUGUUGCAGCAGCGGGUCUUUUGCUCGGUAAGCGGGUGAUGAUGGGACCCUUGGGAGUACGGAUGGCAGCACCAGCACCAGUGCCCACUGGGCCAUUGGUGAGUGUGACGGCAGCAGCAGUUGCUGCCCAGCAGGCUGUAGCGGGCUAUAGUAAGCUCUUUGGUGGCUACCCUGGUCUCGCUUCUUACCGCUAUGCUCCUUACCCUGUCGCAGCACCUGCUACGCCUACACCUGCAGCCCCUGCUCCUCCUACCCUCACUCCGGCCUCGCCGUAUCAGGGUUACACCCUUCCCAAUGUGGAUAUGUCUAGUUUCCAGGGUGUCGAUUGGGGUUCAAUGUACGGUAUGGGCAUGUACGUCUAACUCGGGUAAAUGUAUAAAAUCCCAUCGUUAUCAUUUUACUAUCGAUCUACCCUUAUCUAUUGACAGCUUUUUUGCUCACACCUUUUGGGCCCUUCACUAGCAAUAAUUUGCAAUAAGCGACAGUAUUAGCGUCAUGCCCAUCUUUGAAUCUUCCAUUGAAACUGGUUUGAUAUUAUAUAUCUUAUACAUAUAUAUAUAUAUAUAAAAUA